AUUUUGAAGGAGUCCCGGUUUAUCAAAGACUAAAAUUGUAAUUUUUGAUUUUUUUUUUUGUUAAAAUUGGGUAAAAUCGCUAACAUCAAUUUGCCAAUUGAGUCGUGUUUAUCUAGAUCAUAAUUCAUAAGCUUGCAUUUUAUCAAGAGUUUGCGGAUUAAUGAAUUAGAAUUUCUGUUUAUUAUUGUUACAAAUCGUGUUCCUCAGGUUGAAACAAUCCAAUAAAAUUACAGUGAAUAUUAUUCAACACGAAAAAAAAAAAAAAAACUACUAAAUCGACAUUUUACAGUAUGAAGCUUCUCCUCAAUCAAUAGUCAAAUUCCUCAAUUUCUUUGCUCUCAAUCAAAUUCUUCAAUUCCCUAUACCCUAAUUUUCUCCUCAAUUGAAUAAUUUCACGAGAAAAAUCUACUCUUUCUCUCUCCAAUUUUGCCAGCUGCUGAUUUCUAGUUGCAAUUGAGGAAAUUUCGAGCUCAGGAUGGGACUUUUUGAUGGGCUCCCUGUCCCAUCUGAUAAAGCUCAUUUAAGAGAGGAUUUAGCACGAAUAGAUGAAAGCUGGGCUGCAGCACGAUUUGAUUCAUUGCCUCAUGUGGUCCGCUUGUUGACUGCAAAAGAUGAAUUACAAGCUCUGAAGGAGCAGAGUGAGGUUAUCGAGGAUGUUGUUGAUGAAGUUGUACAUGCCUAUCACAGUGGCUUCAAUAGAGCAAUUCAAAAUUAUUCCCAGAUCUUGCGGUUAUUUAGUGAAUCUGAAGAAAGCAUUUCUGUCUUAAAAGUUGAUUUGGCUGAGGCAAAGAAACGCCUGGGUGCUCGUAACAAGCAGUUGCAUCAGUUCUGGUACCGUUCUGUUACACUACGCCAUAUAAUCUCCCUUUUGGACCAGAUUGAGGGAAUAUCUAAGGUUCCAGCGCGCAUGGAAAAGCUUAUCGCUGAGAAGCAGUUUUAUGCUGCUGUCCAACUGCAUGUGCAAUCUACAUUGAUGCUUGAAAGAGAGGGUCUCCAAACGGUUGGCGCUCUCCAAGAUGUUAAAUCUGAGUUAACCAAGUUGCGUGGAGUCCUUUUCUACAAGAUUUUGGAAGACUUGCAUGCCCACCUUUAUAACAAAGGUGAUUAUAGCUCAGUCUCUUCAAGCCUGCUUGAAAAGGAUGAUGAAGUUAUAAUGUCAGCGACUCUUUCAUUGUCUAUGAGUAUUUCACAACCUGUAUCUCGACGCACAAGGUCAUCUAAAUCUGAUUACCAAGUUGAUGGAGGUUCUUAUGAUGGGCAUGAUGAAGAGGGUGGAUUGAGAGGUGAAGAAGUUGAUGGUCAUGUCAGGGCCAACGGAGGGGAUUAUGGCCUUAAAAAGGGUGGAUUUUUUUCAAGCCAACUUCCUCCGUGGCUUUCUUCUGCUACACCUGAUGAGUUUCUUGAAGCUGUGCAAAAGAGUGAUGCUCCUCUACAUGUGAAGUACCUCCAGACCAUGGUAGAAUGCUUGUGCAAGCUCGGCAAAGUUGCUGCUGCUGGUGCUAUGAUAUGCCAGAGGUUGAGAUCGACAAUUCAUGAGAUCAUUUCCUCUAAGAUAAAAGCUCAUGCAGAAAACAUGAGCUCAUCCAGGCCUGGAAGUGGUUUGACGGCAUAUUCUUCGACUCUACAUACUUUGAAGGGACAACUGGAAACAUACCAGUUAUCCAAACAGAAACGUGCAAAUGGGGUAUCACUCAGUGGAACUUUGUUAGCCGUUAGCCCUGUAACACCAGUGAUGGCGCCUAUGGGGACAGCACAGGCUGCUGCAAGAGAACUUCUAAAUUCAAUUCUUGAUGCAAUCAUUAAAAUAUUUGAGAAUCAUGUUAUUGUUGGAGAGCUUCUUGAAGCAAAAGCCAGUCAGCAAGCUGACAUCAAUACACCCAGGUCUUUGGUGGAUGUAAGUUUUAACACUGAAUCUGAUGUGACUGGUGGCUACUCUAUUGGGUUUUCUCUGACAGUUUUACAGAGUGAAUGCCAACAACUCAUAUGUGAGAUUCUGCGAGCAACUCCUGAAGCUGCAUCAGCUGAUGCUGCAGUUCAAACAGCUAGACUUGCGGGCAAGGUUCCUUCAAAAGAAAAGAGGGAUGGGUCAGAUGAUGGUCUCACAUUUGCUUUUCGCUUCUCUGAUGCUACAUUGUCCGUUCCUAACCAAGGCCAAAGCUGGAAUAAGAAGGCCCAAGGCAUGUCACAAGAGGGAUAUGGUUCUGCAGCUGUCUUACCUGAGGAAGGCAUGUAUUUAGCAGCAGCUGUUUAUCGUCCUGUUCUUCAGUUUACAGACAAGGUUGCUUCGAUGUUGCCAGAGAAUUAUUCCCAAUCUGGGAAUGAUGGAUUGCUGGUUUUUGUUGAAAAUUUUGUGAAGGAACAUUUCUUACCUACGAUGUUUGUGGACUACCGAAAAAGUGUACAGCAGGCUAUAUCAAGUCCAGCUGCAUUUCGUCCUCGGACACAUGCUGCUGCUUCAUAUACACCCUCUGUUGAGAAGGGUCGACCAGUCUUGCAGGGACUUCUGGCUAUAGAUCUUUUGACAAAAGAGAUACUUGGCUGGGCUCAAGCUAUGCCAAAGUUUGCUGCGGAAUUUGUGAAAUAUGUGCAAACUUUCCUUGAGCGAGCAUAUGAAAGAUGUCGUACUUCAUACAUGGAGGCAGUUCUUGAGAAACAGAGUUAUAUGCUGAUUGGAAGGCAUGAUAUUGAAAGCUUGAUGAAGCUUGAUCCUGCUAGUUCAUGUCUUCAAAAUCGUCUGAAUGAUAAUCCUUCUGAUGCAUAUGGGAUUGAAGUCGAAAAACAAAUGAGUGAAGUGCUACUUGGCUUGCGACCAAUCAAGCAGGAAAAUCUAAUUCGUGAUGAUAAUAAACUUAUUCUACUGGCUUCUUUAAGUGAUUCACUGGAGUAUGUUGCAGAUUCAAUUGAAAGACUUGGAAAAACAUUCUCCACUGCAUGUAAUCAAGUGGAAGAGAAGGGAAAGAACCAGAGAACACCCCGUCGUAGUGAAGUUAGUAGCUCCCCUUCAAAGGAUCUGGUAUCAUUUGCUGAUGAUUACAGAAAAUUGGCUAUUGAUUGCCUCAAAGUCUUGCGUGUAGAAAUGCAAUUGGAAACAGUCUUCCAUAUGCAGGAGAUGACUAAUAGAGAAUAUCUGGAUGACUUAGAUGCAGAAGAACCUGAUGACUUUAUCAUAUCCCUCACUGCUCAGAUAACACGCAGAGAUGAAGCAAUUGCUCCCUUCGUCUCGGGGAUAAAGCAGAAUUACAUUUUUGGUGGAAUUUGUGGCGUUACAUCAAACACUUCAAUCAAGGCUUUGGCUGAUAUGAAAUCAAUUAAUCUUUUUGGAGUCCAACAGAUAUGCCGAAAUUCGAUUGCCUUGGAACAGGCACUAGCAGCUAUACCAUCAAUUGACAGUGAAGCCGUGCAACUGAGAUUGGACCGUGUGCGGACUUACUUUGAGCUCCUAAAUAUGCCAUUUGAGGCUCUGCUGGCUUUUAUUACUGAACACGAGAACUUGUUUACACCAGAGGAGUAUUCCAAUCUUUUAAAAAUCGAAGUCCCAGGCAGAGAGAUUCCUGCUGGUGCACAAGAUAGAGUAUCAGACAUUUUGAGUUAGACCCUUGCAGACUCUGUUGGAAUGGAUUUCUAGCUAAGUGACAACCAGAAGAUAUCUGGUAUGUCCAUGAAUAUACUGCCGUCUCUUUUCAAAGAAAACACUCGAAGAGUUGAAGUCCAUAAUAGCAAGCAUUGAUGUGGCCUGUUGUAAAUUUUGGCGUCAGUAAGUAAUGGGUGUUUAUUCGGCCUCUGUUGAUAGAUUUAUAAAUCUACACUACCAAAAUUAAUGUUUAUCAGUUGCCUUUAGUUUUCUCGUAGUUCAUUGCCCGCCCGCCCCUGUGAGUGAACUGUGAGAACCUUUCUUAAGAUAGGUGUUUUGCUUGUCCGUUGAAUGUUGUAAUGAGCAUGUAUGUAGAUCCCCCCAUCUCUCAGCCUAGCUUUGAGAUGGCAUAUUGUGAGGCAUUGUUAGCUUUCGACUUAAAUUUACCCUGGAAGCUUUGGGCUUCCUCCCCCCUCUCUCUCUCUCUCUCUCUCUCUCUCUCUCUCUCUCUCUCUCUCUCUCUCUUUGGACAAGUGAGUUGUUUUAUUGAGGCUCACAAGUCCUGGAACUGGAUGCUUUGUAAGUAGUGUCAAGAGUUGAUGUAUUUACCUGUUUAGAUAAUCAGAUUGAUAUCAUUCAUUUAUGAAAUUUUUGCUUGAUUCAUUUUUAAGCCA